GUUUGUGGUGGCAGGACGGGACUAGACCUGAUGGGGAAAGUCCCUGCCUUUAGUACAAGCCUGUGCCUGUCCAACUAUGCGAUGCUUGGACGGCAACACGAUCUCAAUCCUCCCCCAGCCACCUUAACAUCCUCGAAGGACUCUCUCUGUACAGACUACCUCAGCGACAGCCUGUCGUGGAGAUACUGAGGGGGUGUGUCAAUGGCGUCGCCCGAUAUGUUCUCUCAACUAUACCAAAGGUUCACUCGUGCGGGUAAGACGACAGUGCAGGGAGUCGACCUUGUACUUCCGCAAGAGAAUCCCCGCAAGCCGUCUACAUCAACCUCGUCAACUCUGGCACCAGCCGUGCUUUCGAUUGAUGCAACGGCCCAGGAACAGGAGGAGGGUUCAUUUGAUCAUGAAGAGCAUGUUUUGCUCAAGGUUAGUAAGGUCAACUCGAGAUGUGAGGCUGGCGGGGCUCAGCAGUUGCGUUGGAUGCAUUUAUGCAGCAACGAUAUCGAAUUCAAGGCCUUUGUUAAAUGCGCUCUAGAGGUCUACGGAAUAAGCACUGCAAUAGAAGACCUCGUUUGUUCCAAACUCCUUCGUUCUGGCUCCUCUCCGCUGGAAGUCCCUGCCUUCCAGGGGAAACGCUUCGUCACGGCUCAUACCUCUGCAGAACUUCAACUCCCCGGCCAUGCCGAAAAGACCGCUAUUAGUUUCUUGUCAAUCCCGUUUUUUCUGCUGCAAACAGUGCGGGACAGGAUUGCAAGCCAGCGCUCCAGCUCUCAUUGGGUCCAGCCGCUGGUACAGUCGGCCUAUCAUCUGGAUUCAUCUCUUGCACGAGAGCACCAGCAAGCUAUCCGGAGGUUACACCACGACAUGACUGAGAUCGUUCAUAUCCCUGAGCUCUGGGUUUUGGCUAUUGGCGAGAGAUUCGUGGCGACAUGCUCCCCGACUCCCCUGUAUGAUGAUAAGUCAUCUUCAAUCAGCACUCAUACAUUGGGAGGCGGUCUCUUUCCUCCAACCAUCAGAGUCACAAUGAGCUCUGGGUUUGUCUUUUGCAUUAAUCGGGACCAGUGCGAUGUGUGGUUUUGCAUUGUCAAAGCCGCUUUGAAUCUUGAUCUUGCGCGCAGAAACUGCGAAUACAGACUUGAGAAAGAGGGUAAACUCAUUGAGGGCCGCCAGUGGCAAUCGAUAUUGCAAUCUCACCCCCACACCGAGCCUCUGCUCAUCCGGGCUAUUCCUGAAAAGUCGGAACAUCCCCAAAGACAACCCGCUGCUAUCGCUCUGGAAGGAAAGUAUGCUUGGGAAUCUUCGCAUCACGACACCUCCAAGUAUCCUCGGGUCAGCACCCAGCUGCUCAGCACCAAAACACUUGAUGUGUACAGACUACCCUACUAUUGGGACACUUCACAUCCCGGGGCACGAGAAACCCUCGUGAUUGCUCAGAAUCUGACCGACCUUGAUCUCAAAAUCCUGUAUGACCACACGCGACGACUGAACGCCUUGGGGUCCUCAUAUGUCGAGGUUGAGGAAUUCAAGGAUCCAUACUAUGCCCCACCAUCGGCUGUCCUUGAGGCGGCAAGGUCCCAAGUUCACCACCAAGAUUCUCCUCAAACAUCUGAAAGACAUGACAUGCAGCCCAUCUUCCGGUGGUUGAUCUUAGGAGGUCUCGCAGAUAGGGACCGUAAGUUUUUCAGUCGUCAAGUUGCGCGCAAACCCGAGGGAAGCAGCAUCGACCAGCCGACAGAAGCUGCUAGCUCGACUACGCCUACACAGAGAAUGCGGGCUCUUUCGGCCCACAUGCACCGCGAAAUACUUUUCUUAGAGGACUUACGUUCAGCCCAGACCUACAACAAACUGUCACUCAAGACCAAAGCUGAUGUUGACCAGCAAAUAACUGCGCUGCAGAAGACCAACCCAGACAUGCACCUACUGGCACUCUUCUCCACGUUCGUGCGCCGUGUCGGUCAAAUACUGGAUUGCUUUAUUGACAGUGAUUACGAUUGCGUUGUCAAGCACAAGGUGUGGGCGGCAUUAUAUGGUAUUGUUUCGGUGAGCAGACUUGGGUUCCUUGGGCUUGGUGUGAAUGAGCUGAUCAAGUCACAACUCGCAGACACUUGAACAUCCCUCGGUCGAAUCUCUGUUUCCAUUUCACUGCGAUAUCCUAUCAAUUCCACUUCGGGAGUUUCAUGAUCAGAUUCUGGAUCUUCACCAUGGAAGCACAGGGACGGCGAGUCCGGGACCGUAUAUCACACGGUCAAUGGUUUGGGCCUUCAUUGAGAUUGUCAUACUCCUUACAAAUUCGGAAUACAGGAUU